UUGGAUUAUUCAAGGUUGUCCCUCUGUUGUCUGUGGUGACUGCUGUAAUGCUGGGAUGAGGGAGACGGAGUUCAGGCAGGGUACUGGGAGGGGGGUGAUGUGGGAGGAGUCAGCUGCUAUUUGUAGCCCUUUUUGAUGGAUGACUGCUGUGUGUGUAAGAAAGAGAGCGAGCGAGAGAGUGUGUGUCUGCUUUUUUUCCUCUCUCCCUCUUCCUUUUUUAUUGGUAAUCAGAUGAAGGCUUGAGAGGAAGCAAAGAAGACGUGGGCACGAUAGGGUACACGGAGAUCUUACAUAAAGAGAAAAAAAACAGCUGGCUAUAGAAGAAAAUUGAGGCAUAAAGAACUGUAAUUGCCUAUUGUAUCAUAACUGUGCUUUCAGUCACUGAAGCUUUUGGAGAUUUUCUUUUUUGUUUGUUUCUCAAGACAUUGUUGCCAUCCUUUCAUCGUGCUUUUAUUGGCACCUUGGUGGGAACUGAGAUAAAGGUUUUCACAUCUGCUAACUGUCAGGAGACAGUGACUCGUUAUGCCUCUACAAGGGAGCAGCAUUAGACUGGUGAAAGCUGGGGUCUGGUUAGCCCUGUGGGGUACCUUGUGUGGAAGCUAUGCUAGUAGCUGCCCUGCACUCUGCACGUGCAGUGGCACCACAGUGGAUUGCCAUGGACUGGGAAUCAAAGCUGUGCCCAGGAAUAUCCCCAGGAAUACAGAGAGACUGGAACUGAAUGGAAACAAUAUAACUCGCUUGAACAAGAAUGAUUUUUCUGGACUGAAAUACCUCAGAGUACUACAGCUGAUGGAGAAUCAAAUUGGAACCAUUGAGCGAGGGGUGUUUGAUGACUUGAAGGAGCUGGAAAGACUGCGCCUAAAUCGUAAUCAACUACAUAGUCUACCAGAACUACUUUUCCAGAAGAAUCCCGCACUGUCUAGACUAGACUUGAGUGAGAACUUCAUUCAGGCCAUUCCCAGGAAAGCUUUCCGUGGAGCCACAGAUAUCAAAAACUUGCAGCUGGAUAAAAAUCAGAUCAUCUGCAUUGAAGAUGGAGCCUUCAGGGCCCUCAGAGGAAUAGAAGUUCUAACCUUGAACAACAACAACGUCUCCAGUAUCCCUGUCUCUAGUUUCAACCAUAUGCCUAAGCUGAGAACCUUUCGUCUGCAUUCUAACAACUUAAACUGUGAUUGUCACUUAUCCUGGCUUUCCCAGUGGCUGCGUCAGAGACCAACAAUUGGUUUAUUUACCCAGUGUGUCGCUCCACCAGCUCUGCGUGGACUCAAUGUAGCUGAAAUUCAAAAACACGAAUUUGUCUGCUCAGGCCACACUGAAUCUCCUGCAUCUCAAUCCUGUAGCCUUGCUGCUGGGUCCUGUCCUGCCAUGUGCUCCUGCAGCAAUAACAUUGUAGAUUGUAGAGGAAAAGGACUGACUGCCAUUCCUGCAAAUCUGCCUGACAGCAUGGCAGAAAUACGUUUAGAACAGAAUGGUAUAAAAUCAGUUCCUCCUGGAGCAUUUUCACCUUAUAAGAAACUGCGCAGAAUAGACCUAAGUAACAACCAAAUCUCUGAGAUUGCCCCUGAUGCUUUUCAAGGUCUGCGCUCUCUGAACUCACUUGUUUUAUAUGGAAAUAAAAUCACUGAUUUGCCAAAAGGAGUAUUUGAUGGAUUAUAUGCCCUACAGCUAUUGUUAUUGAAUGCCAAUAAGAUCCAUUGUGUAAGGGCUGAUGCCUUCCAAGAUCUUCAGAACCUAUCUUUGCUUUCUCUUUAUGAUAACAAGAUCCAGACGUUGGCAAAAGGAACCUUCACUGCCCUCCGUGCUGUGCAGACACUGCAUUUGGCACAAAAUCCAUUUAUUUGCGAUUGCAAUCUGAAAUGGUUGGCAGAUUACCUGCGCACCAACCCUAUUGAAACCAGUGGAGCACGAUGUGCCAGUCCACGGCGGCUAGCCAACAAGCGUAUUGGACAAAUUAAAAGCAAGAAGUUUCGCUGCUCAGCUAAGGAGCAAUACUUCAUCCCAGGUGCAGAAGACACCCGUCUCAAUAAUGAGUGUAACAGUGAUACAGUGUGCCCACCUAAGUGUCGCUGCGAGUCUAAUGUAAUAGACUGCUCAAAUCUUCGCCUCACCAAGGUUCCUGAACAUAUCCCGCAAUCCACAGUGGAGCUGCGUCUAAAUGGCAAUGAAAUUUCUACUCUAGAAGCAACAGGUAUAUUCAAAACCCUAUCACAACUCAAGAAAAUUAACCUUAGUAACAACAAGAUUUCAGAAAUAGAAGAUGGAGCAUUUGAGGGUGCUAUCUCAGUCAAUGAGUUGCACCUUACUGCUAAUCAACUAGACUCAGUAAGAAGUGGCAUGUUCCGUGGACUAGACGGAUUGCGCACAUUAAUGCUGCGGAAUAAUCGCAUCAAUUGCAUCCAUAACAACAGUUUUACUGGGCUUCGAAAUGUACGCCUGUUAUCACUCUACGACAACCAGCUAACAACUAUAACUCCUGGGGCAUUUGAUACUCUGCAGUCCCUCUCGACAUUGAAUUUGUUAGCUAACCCUUUCAUCUGUGACUGCCGACUUGCCUGGCUUGGGGAUUGGCUGAGAACUCGGAAAAUUGUGACAGGAAACCCUCGCUGUCAACGGCCUGCUUUUCUUAAAGAGAUUCCUCUGCAAGAUGUUGCUUUUUUGGAUUUUCGCUGUGAAGAUGGUCAUGAGGAGUUGAGUUGUGUGCCACGUCCACAGUGCCCCAGUGAGUGUACCUGCCUGGACACAGUAGUACGCUGCAGUAACAAGCACUUGCGUGCCAUGCCCAAGGGGAUCCCCAAGAAUGUCACAGAGCUCUAUCUGGAUGGAAACCAGUUCAACGCUGUGCCAGCAGAACUUUCAACCUUUAAAUUUCUUCAGCUUGUGGAUCUGAGCAACAACAAAAUCAACUCUCUAACAAACUCGUCUUUCACCAACAUGAGUCAGCUUACAACACUAAUCCUAAGUUACAAUUCCCUGCGCUGCAUCCCACCACUUGCCUUUAAAGGAUUACGAUCCCUGAGGCUGCUGUCUCUCCACGGUAAUGAAGUUUCUGAACUGCCAGAAGGUAUUUUCAGUGAUGUAGCUGCCCUCUCUCACCUAGCAAUUGGUGCCAACCCUCUUUACUGUGAUUGUCAUUUACGCUGGCUGUCCGACUGGGUGAAGACUGGCUAUAAGGAACCCGGCAUUGCACGCUGCGCUGGUCCCCCUGGCAUGGAGGGUAAAUUGCUCCUCACCACACCAGCCAAAAAAUUUGAGUGCCAAGGUCCUAAAGAUUCUGCUGUUCUUGCUAAGUGCAGUCCAUGUCUGUCUAAUCCAUGCCAAAAUCAGGGCUCCUGCCAGAGUGAUUUAAAUGAAAUGUACAAGUGCAUCUGCUUACCAGGAUUCAAAGGAAAGGACUGUGAGACAACUGUUAAUGCUUGUAUCAACAACCCGUGUGAAAAUGGUGGCAGCUGCCUUUCAAAUACAGGUGAUGUUGCAGGAUUCAGCUGCAUAUGUCCACUUGGAUUUGAAGGCUUAAACUGUGGAAUAAAUAUAGAUGACUGUGAAGACAAUGAUUGUGAAAAUGGUGCUACAUGUAUAGAUGGAGUCAAUAAUUACACUUGUCUAUGUCCUCCUCAUUACACAGGGGAAUUGUGUGAGGAACUGGAAGAUGUUUGUUCACCAAAGAAGAACCCAUGUAAAAAUGACUCCAAGUGUGUUGUAGUAGCCUCAGGACCAAAAUGUGAGUGUGCACCAGGAUUUGUUGGUGAAGACUGCAGUGUGAACUAUGAUGACUGCGGGGACCACCGUUGCCAGAAUGGGGCUCAGUGUGUGGAUGAAAUUAAUGGUUACGCUUGUAUUUGUGUAAAAGGCUAUAGCGGCCACAUGUGUGAGAAUUCUGCACCUCCUCCUACAGACCUGUCUCUUUGUGAUAUAGCAGAGUGUCAAAAUAAUGCCCCCUGUGUUGAGAAGAGUGGCCGUGCUAUUUGCCAGUGUCUGCCAGGGUUUGGGGGCUCACGUUGUGAGAAGCUGGUGAGCGUCAACUUUGUGGAUCGAGAUUCUUACUUACAGCUCAGCGACCUUAAGAACUGGCCACAUGCCAAUAUUACUUUGCAGGUCUCUACAGCAGAAGACAAUGGGAUCUUGCUUUAUAAUGGGGACAAUGAUCAUAUUGCUGUAGAACUCUACCAAGGUCAUGUCAGAGUCAGCUAUGAUCCAGGAAGCCAGCCUAGUCAUGCAAUUUACAGCACUGAAACCAUUAAUGAUGGUCAGUUCCACACUGUUGAGCUGGUGACUUUUGACCAGAUGGUAAACCUUUCGAUUGAUGGGGGUACCCCUAUGACCAUGGACAGCUUUGGAAAAAUAUACCCCCUGAAUGGAGAGGCACCGCUAUAUGUGGGGGGAAUGCCUCUGGAUGUUAACUCUGCAGCAUUUCGACUUUGGCAAAUUCACAAUGGUUCUAGUUUCCAUGGCUGCAUUCGGAAUCUGUACAUCAACAAUGAGCUGCAGGAUUUUACCAAGACACAAAUGAAGCCAGGGGUAGUACCUGGUUGUGAGCCAUGCAGAAAGAUAUACUGUCUUCAUGGCAUAUGCCAGCCUGAUAGUGUCAUGGGACCAGUGUGUCACUGUAAACCAGGAUGGAGCGGUAUACACUGUGACCAAGCUGCAAAUAACCCCUGCCAGGGCAACAAAUGUGUCCAUGGAUCCUGUGUUCCUCUAGAUAAGCUAACAUAUCGCUGUGAAUGUCGAGAUGGAUACCAAGGAGCCCUGUGUAACCAGCAGGGGGAGCUCUUUAACCCCUGCAAAAAACUACAGUGUAAACAUGGCAGAUGCCAGAUAUCAGAUGCUGGGGAGGCAUAUUGUCAUUGUGAUAGUGGAUAUAGUGGCGACCUCUGCGAUGCAGAGUCUGAAUGCCGUGGAGAUCCAGUACGAGACUACUACCAGGUGCAGAGGGGUUACACCAUCUGCCAGACCACGCGCAUGGUAUCAUGGGUUGAAUGCAGCGGGUCUUGUGAAAUGGGUGCCUGCUGUAGUGGUCAGCGCACAAAACGCAGGAAAUACACCUUUGAGUGUAGCGAUGGGACUUCUUUCACUGAAGAUGUUGAGAAAACCAUCAAGUGUGGCUGUAGGAGCUGCAUUUAGUCCACUUGAGUCAAGUGGGGGAAAAAAAGCAGUGAGAACGCAAAGUAAAAUGUAAAGAAAUAAAUCUAUAUUAUGGACAGCAAAGUUUGUAAAACAGGACCAUACUUCUCCUUUGAGAAGCACUUGGAGCAGGAAAAUAAGACACUGCAACAUAUUUUUGAACAUCCAUCAAUGCAAUAGCAGUAUCAGUGUGUUGCAUUCAGAAGGACUGUCCCACUACCAUGCCGACUUCCCGUUUGGUCCAUUUACCUCCUGCUUUUUAUCAUCAUCGUCUGACAGCUUAUGGAUCACUCCACAAACUAAUCUUCAGAACUUCCCACAAAAUGUCUGUGUGUCCACAUGCUGUCCAUAAAUUGUAAGCAGUCAGGUUUUAAAUAAGGAGACAAUUAAAACAAACAUGGCUUGCAUCACAACCAAGCAAAAUAGUUCAUUGAAACCACAGGAGUGACUCCCUGUCCUGAUGAUAUUUGUGGAUUUCCUCUGAAAAGAAGAGUUUCCUCCUGACGUCUCUCUGACUAGGGUGCACAUCACAUCCCAGUUGAGUGUAGGAGUUUAAAUGAUUGUGAUGUCAGUGCAUGAAAGGGUAGCAGCCACAUAGAGCUGUUACUUCACAGUAGAGAAGGCUUGGAGAAUAAAUAAAUAUUCAGAAAACGUGUUAGAGCGCACCUUCAGCUGUCAAGAUGAGAAGACUAAAACACGACAGACAGUAAAAACAAAAACACGGCCGCCUGGAAUCGUUAGUCACACAAACAGCAAACCACGUUUUUGAAAGCAGUAUUUGAAAUCUGAUUAUUUAUUCUUUCUGGACCUAACAGAAUCAUGUUUAAGGCCUACGGGACACCUUUGCAUAUGUGCAUUUUGGCAUUUAUGAAGGGUGGAUCACUCAAAAUGUAACAUUCGGUGGGAUCGCUCCACAAAACAUACCAGAGUCCCGAGUUUAACUGUACAUAAUGAAUGCCAGGGACACCCACCUCAGCUUCGCUUACUCUGACGUGGCUCGGCUAUCCACCUGGAGCAGCUCCCUUUCCUCUGACCUUACCUGCAGUAUUACUUGUGCAAGCUUUGCAUGUGUGGACACUUUAACAGAUCAAUCCAUACGCGGAGCUUUAAUCCCAUUGAGAAUCCGAGAGGUGCACAAUACUCGUGUUUGUCCUUUGUUUUUGGUUUGUUUUUUUGUUUUUGUAACCUAACUCUUUAGAUUUUUCUUUAUACAAAUGCCUAACAGAUUCAUUAUAUAUAUAUAUAUAUGUGUGUGUUUUUCAGUUUGGCAUUUUUAUACGUUAAUUCAUGUUUUUCUUCUGCCGUACAUCAAAUGGUCUUCAGACUUUUAUUUUAUUUUUAUCUCCACUCAGUCCAACCAGCCAGUUUAUGGUUGAUCAGAUCACGGCAACAAAUAAUUGGCAUUAAUUUAGAAAGAGCAGUAUUGUUCUAGGAUAAUGUUUAAUAUUGUAUAUGUUGUCUUCCAUGUGAAUAUUACAUCUAAUUCAUUUCA